UCUGUUAUCCUAUGUAUGUCUCGGUCUUUUGGUCGUCUUUGUGAGCCUUUUGCUUAGAUAAUUUUACAAGUAGCGGUGAAGGAGAGAAAUAUGUUAAGUGUGACGAGUCUCUCUCUGGGCUCUCGAGCUUCCAUGGUAAUUCAGGUUCCCACUCCAACCCAAACCCAACACAGUGGUGCUUCUGCUUUUUCUCUUGGUAAAGGGAGUACAAGCAGACGCAGCGGCUAUUGUUCACCACUGGGAUUUCUGUCUCUUGGCAAUUCUAGUAGCUGCACCACCUUAUCUUCCUCUGUUAAGACAGCAGUUGCAGCUGUCGACUCCGAUCAACUCAGUUCUUCCAAUACUGCUGACAAGGAACAAGCAAACAAAUAUUAUUUUGUUGUUGCAAACGCAAAAUUCAUGCUGGAUGAAGAGGAGCAUUUCCAGGAGCUUUUGUCUGAGCGGCUGCGUCUCUAUGGGGAGCGUAACAAAGAGCAGGACUUCUGGCUUGUGAUUGAGCCAAAGUUCUUGGAUAAAUUCCCUAACAUUACUAAGAGAUUACGGAGACCCGCUGUUGCUCUGGUUUCAACCAAUGGUCUCUGGAUCACGUUCAUGAAAUUAAGACUGGAUCGAGUUUUAUCAGAAAGCUUCAGCGCUGAAAGUCUUGAAGAAGCAUUAGCCUCAAAUCCUACCAAUCUAGAGUUUGAGAAACCAGAAAAUUGGGUGGCACCUUACCCGAAGUAUGAAUCAGGGUGGUGGAAGCCCUUCUUGCCCCCUGGAUUAAAAGAGGAAGUCAAAGUAUAAAAACAUACUUCCUUUUUGACCAAGCCUUUUACAUUUUCCUCAUCAAUUUGGAUUUUUCAUCAUGUAUUGCUGACUAACAGUUGAAGUUGGUGAGGUUUGCAUACUACUCUGUAAGAUAGUGCUGACACUUUGUAAUUUAGUUUUGAAGGUUACCACCUCAGGAGGUGAGAUUUAGGAGUUGCAUUUGAGAUUGUGAUAGAGUGGUAAGCAUAAAUUAGCAUUUUCUAUGUUAAGUCAAUAUAAUAAAAGUUCUGCAAGUGAAUGAAGUGGUGCAUCUUGACAA